AUGAAGAUCUUGACGAAGGAGGAAGAGCAAGCACAUUACAAUGAGACAUUGAAAGGCGGCUUCGUAGGCGGCAUAGCUGGCCUCGCAGUCGGGGCAUUAGGUGUCUAUGGCGCCGCCGUUCGAUAUCCUGCCUUCCGGCAGCUCACCCUCCCUCUCCGCGCAUUCUUGGUUACGAGCAGUGGAACAUUCGCAGCCAUCGUGAGCGCAGAUUCCUGGUCCAGGUCCUUCGAGAGGUCGCGACACCCCGAGCAGCAGUACAAAGAUGAGCAGCAGAGCCUACAAGAGCAGAUCGACGCGCAGAAGACGGGCAAGCAGCGAACAAUGGACUGGCUGUCCGACAACAGGUACAGCUUGGUGUUCGGCUCGUGGGUAGCUUCGAUGGGGACAGCGAUGGGUCUUGUCGGUCGGAAUCCAUACCUUACCGGUCAGCAGAAGCUCGUCCAAGCUCGUGUGUACGCGCAGGGCCUCACGAUUGCUGUCGUGAUCCUCUCGCUUGCGUUCGAGACCAGCGACUCCGCGAGAGGAAAGGGACGGUGGGAAACGGUCAAGAUCUUGGAUCCGAACGAUCCUACGCACAAGAACAUGAUUGAGAAGAAGAUCCAUCACGAGGCGUACGAAGGCGAGGACCAGUGGCGCGACAUGAUUGAGGCGGAGGAGCAGCGCAUCAAGGAGCGGGAGGAGGCUGUCAAGCGACGGCAUGAAGAGCAGCAUGGCAAGAAGAAGAACGCGAAGAACACGAAGCUGUCAAAGGAGGAGCUGGAGAAGGCCGAGCAUGGCAGCAAGCCGGACGAGGCGAAGUCUGAGAAGCUCAAUGCGCCGUGA